AUGGAGGAAGGCGAGAGCUCGUCCAGAAGUGUUGAUAGGGACGAAAUUGAGAGCUUUCACGUAGUUACUACCGAAGAUAAAAAGGUAAAACGAAAGGGAUACCUGGCCAAAAGGGACGCGACAAAGAUUUGUCUUUAUGAUGAGCAAUUUACGCGGUGGCGGCAGCUAAAAAAUGAUUUAAAUGUGAAGACGGACAAGGAACUAGCGACCUUGCUUCUUGAUAAUUAUUCGAGCACGAAGCAAGUUUUAACGACAAGGUAGGAAAGAUAUAUUGUAUUUAUAGAAUAAUUCAAAAUUGGAUUAAAUAGUGGUUAUAUCUCCUUUUAUAAAUCUUGUAGCGAAUCGGAAACGCAAACAGAUGAAAGUCAUCAGGUCACAAUGGAAACUCUAUUGUCCGAAUCUCCAGGUAAAUUUUGUGAUAUAACAGCUGUGUAUUUGUUUUUGAAUGUUACAGUAAUUACGACUAAAGUUUGUAUUAUAUUUAUGUUUUUAUAGUUCUAACUUCAACGCCAAAGGAAGGAAUACAUCGAACUGAGCGUCCUCUUUCCACUCCAAAACGUAGACGAUUGUCAAUGACAAAUAUGGAGACGAAACAUGGUACUCAAACGUCUGCUGAAUCUUUCUCUAUGAGGUACGUGGUAUUUGAAUUUGUGUUUUACUCGAAUGAAUAAGACUCGUAUGGAUAAGAUUUCAUAAAUGACUAGAUAUUUGAUAUCUUUUUAUUUUUCACCAUUUCCUGUGAAUGUGAUUUCGCAGACAUGCAUUUGAUAUCAUACAGCUGUAUAUAACUUCUUGAGUCAUUUGAUAUUUGUUUAAAUAUUUGAUGCUUGACACGUUGACAAUGCCACACUCAAUAACUUGAUUGAUAUUUAUGAUGUUACUCUGAGUGACAAAUUUGAAAAAUAUGCCUGGCAAUGGUGUGAAUUAAACCUAAAUCCAAAUGCCCUGCCAACUGAUAUACAUGGUCAUGUCGGUUUGAGUAUGUGAUAUUUCAGGACUGAAUCAAGUUCCUUCAAAUUCGACCUGACUGCAUAGCUCAGUUGCCAGAGCAUAGUAUUGCAUAGGUUCAAUUCCCAUGGCCUGGUAUAUUUUUCAAGCUUGCCCAGUGUGUAUACAGAUCAUAUUCAUCUGAGUACAUGGCACCAACAUAGAAAAAACCAUUAAUGAGCACAUGAGUCAUUAUUAACCCCCACCCACCCGGUGGAAAGGUGGGGAUUUGUUUUUGGCCACCUUCAUCAAAUAGGCAAAAGCCCCCAUACCAGGGAACUACUUUCUCAUAAAAAUUGUAAAAACCCUCUUAUAGUGUACUUAUGACAAUUUUCCUCUUUCCAUGUGUUUUCUGUUGCCUUGGUUUUGUAGUGUAUAACCAUUGACCAUAUAUAUGCAUUGUACAUUCCCCUACCCAUGGGGGCAAAUAACAUGCAAAACGUUUUAAAUGCCCAGCGUAAUAGGCCAACAAAUUAAUAGUAUCCCAUGUUAACCGCACUGUGGGCUGGGUUUAACAUUUACUCAUGCAUAAAGAGUUUUGGCAUUUAAGGAAACUUAGCCCAAGCAGAUUUUGGAUUUAUUUAUGCAUGUUUUAAAUUAGAACUCAACAGUUUCUGUAUCAAUAAAUUCUGUAUCAACAGUUUCUGUAUUCAAUAUAAAGAUAGACUACAUGGAAAAUAUAGAUAAAACUUCAAGCUGAAAUAUUCUCUAUAUUUUCCGAUAUUCACACAAAUGAAUCUACCUAUAUGUUUUAAAAACCUGGUAUUUCAUAGUUUUUUUACCAGUUUAACUCUUUGUAAAAUUUUGAAAUACCACAUACUUGCAGGUACAUGAUGCAUUAGAAAUGCAUAUACUUAUGUUUUAAAAUAUCAAUAUUUAUAACAUAGGACUAGUUUGAGUACUGGUAACUUAGAGAAAACCCUGACAGCCAGUGAAUCAGAUGGCAGUGAUACUGAGCAUUCAGAUGCCUUUAG